AUGUCUUGCAGUGACAGUAGAAGCAAUCCAAAUGGAACAAUUGGUUACUCAAAAACGUCGAUAGAGAUUGUCGAGAUUGCCGUCCUCUGCGGCCGUCUCCAGUUGGAAAUCUAUCAUUAUGAAUUCGAAACCUCUCGCCGUCAAAGCUCUCCAUUUGCGGCGGUGCGCUCUCAGAAAAAUUCUCGAUCAACUCCUUCACCGUCCUCACCAAGCUAUCGAGCUUGCAAAAGUUGUCCCUGGUCUCCCUCAGGCAGUGGGGCUCACCGCCGCCCAAGAUCAACCGCUUUAGAUCCCUCGAGCUCCUCAAAACUCAAUGCCAACUUCCUGCUCAUCGAAAUUCUCCAGUCGAUCGCCGCCUACCGAAGCCUAAAGAACCUCGUCCUCACCGACAACCUUCUCAAUGGCACCGCACCGGACCUGGGCGGCUUACCGCCCCUGGAGGAUCUCGAUCUCAGCAGAAAUUCUGUAGGCCUCAAAUUCCUAUCUUUGGGGACCAACCUCGUUCGCCUCUCGCUCGUGAACAACUCGUUCAGAUCCGAAAUCCCAACUAUACUUAAUGUCAAAUGGGUGGGUGAGGUUUCGGUUGGAAUUCUUGUGCAAGUGGGUAGUUCAGAAGAAUUAGAAUUGCCCAUAAAUCGAAUAGAUGAAAAUGGAAAAGAUGAAAACAAAUAA